CUGGUAUUAUAGCAAGAGCUUACAUGCGACUUCAAUUGAACAUGCCAAUCAAGAAAGACAUCGUAAAAGUUGCACGUAUCAAGGGACCACUGAACAUCUCGUAUCUCGCUGAGAAAAAUGACACGCUCUAUCUCAAGAGUAUUCCAGUUCUUUGGGGAGAGUAUGGAGGAGAAGGCAGUAAAGACGAUAUUGACACCAUUAAGCAGAAGGUACAAAUUCUGGAAGGGUUCUGUAGGACCUUGUAGAGGGUUAGAGCUCGACAACUGGCCUCUGUGGCUCAGUACAUUGAUUAGAUGGCUGCACGGGAAUCGCAGGGCCGCAGGUUCGAUUCCUGCCAGAGGGCAGGCACGGAUUUUCUGGGUGCGGGGAGUGCGGAGGGUGCGCACCCCGAAAUGACUUGCACCCCCCCAGCAAAGGCAUUUGCCAGCCCCGCAAAUUACAUAUAUUUGGAUUUGAUAGUUUCAUAUUUGAUUAUUCUUACUACUAAAUUUGUAAAAUUACCAAUAUUAUGAUCUCAGAUCUCGCCAUGCAAGCCUAGAAAACAAAUUUUGUUAAACUUUUUCCUUGGCCUUUCCGGGCGUUGCCACCACGCCCCGGCCAAAGCAAGCAGCAGCACCCCCCAGAUAUUUAUCCACCCCCCCGAACGAAAAUAUGAAAAUCCGUCUCUGCCAGAGGGUCUAUAGUUGUAUUUUUCGCAACUGCUCCUGGUCAAGUCUAAUAAAUGUAUAAAAUUUACACUAGAAAUUUCCAUCUACAAAACCCUUCUACAAUGGACCAUUUGCGCAAUAGACUAAAUUUUGAACUAAACAAGUCUAGACAAAAAUUUCAUCACAGCUUGAAGGAGCAUAACAAAAUUAGUAAUAUUCCAAAGUUUCGUUGCAAAAUGUUGAAAAAUGCGGAAAAUAUAGCCUUGCGAAAUUUGCAAUUUUCAGUCAUUUUAGAUUACAAACGCCAAAUUGACAGCCCCAAACCCUUCGAGGCUGUCAAUUUCCGGUUUGUAAUCUAAAAUGACUGAAAAUUGCAAAUUUCGCAAGGCUAUAUUUUCCGCAUUUUUCAACAUUUUGCAACGAAACUUUGGAAUAUUACUAAUUUUGUGAUGCUCUUUCAAGCUGUAAUGAAAUUUUUGUUGAGAUCAAAAUUUAGUCUAUUACGCAAAUGGUCAAUUAGUUAUAAUUAACGAGUGUAGAUGCCCCAAAUCCUAAGAAGGUACGAAAACUGACUCUGUAACGCAAUUUCGGACAUUGAAAACGUAGGGGGUUUUCACAUGAGGCGGGCUAGGGCAAGCAUUCGCAAGAAAUUCCCGCGUGAGGCUUUUCGUAAAUAUAGUCUGUAGAUAGGCUCCCGCGUUUCGUGUGGUUUGCGAUAUUUUAUCCCGUUAACAAGUCAAUCAGCUUGUUUGACCGCUGUGGUUCGACAUAUCAAGGUUUGCAAAGGGGUUUUGACCGUUCGUUGACUGCAUCAUAGAGCACUGACCUUUAAAUGUCCUUCAUAUGACAUUCUUCAGACGAUAGGGUGUGUGUUUAUGCAUGUGAACAGCAUGUAUUUUGCAGCUUUGCGAUUUUUAAAUAAUUUAUAUUACUGACGUUGUAGCGUGCACUCCCAGUAUUAACAUUCUGUUAACAAUGGUCGUCUUUCGACAAAAAUGAGGUCAUGUUUUUAAUGUCUUACGGGCAUUGCCUAAGGCCCCAGGACUUAGGGGCUUGGUCUUUGGUUAACUUAACUCUUUGUUAUUUUGUAGGUCAUCGGUACACUUGGCCUGGCCUGCGGUAUUCUCAUCGCACUUCCCGUACUUGGUUGUAUAUUUAUCAUUGUCGCCAUCGUUUUGUUUGUGAUUGGUGCAAAAGCCAAUCAAAUCACCGAAAUGAGCGCUAGCAAAUGACUUUCAAUCAAUAACUUUUGUGCAUGCACCGCGGUUUCUUUUUUUUCAACUCAUUUUUGGCCUAAUGUUAAACGUAAUCCAACUCAAAACUUUGGAUGACUCCCAUGCCUGGGGCUGGUUGUUCAAAGCUGAUUAGCUCUAACCACAGAGUAUUUACAUACAGAGGUCUCGCGUCUGCGAGAACUACCGUAUGGUAGUUUUUUACCAAAUUAGCUGGCUGCCAUAUUCUUAGCAACUACCUUAAAGAGAGCCAUUCACCCCCCUACGUUUUCAGGGGGUGACUGUCUCUCUUUAAAACACUUGCUAAGAACAUGGCAGUUUCCCCUGCUCAGCCGCCCCCCCCCCCAGUGUCCGCCACUUUUAUUUAUAUCUCUUUAAAUAUUUCUUUAUAUAAACAUGGGGACUACAGUUUGAUAAACUAUGUACAGAUUGAUCACAUUAUAUACGUAUAAUCCGUUUUAUGACAAUAAUUUAUGACAGCCAUAAAGAUGACUGAUAUACAGUGAAAAGUUAAAUGGAAGUCAAAUUUUGCGUUGAAUUUCCGUUUAAACCGAAAUAUAUGAUACAUUAGUCAUUACGUAAAAGUUUGGAGUUUCCUGUCAAGACUGGUCUGCGUGUACGAUUCGUUUGCUGCGUAUGUCAUUAGGGCCAUUUAUACGGAACAAAAUAAGACGCGACUUACAUAAGACGCGACUUAAGUAAGACGCGAGUGGCUUGCAUAUUAAAACAAAAACAACCAAAACAACAUUAUAGCUAUAGCAAAUAAAUAAGACCAAAGCCGUAGAGAACCAUUUAUGCGAUAACUCCGCUUAUUUAAGUCGCGUCUUAUGUAAGUCGCGACUUAUUUUGUUCCGUAUAAAUGGCCCUAUUGAGUCAACACACGUAAACUGGCUACAUUUGAAAUUUCUUCUUAACGAAACGGCAAUGAAUUAUGGCGCCAGCACUCAUUUUAAUACGCCACUGAUACGAACCGUACACGACAAAUCGCAGCAUGUAAACGUAGCUUAAUUAAUAAAAGCUCUACUCAGUGUGAAAACUUACUACUCAGUGUGAGUAGUAAUUAAUUAAUAAAAGCUCUACUCAGUGUGAAUACUUACUACUCAGUGUGAAAAUAAGACAGUAAAUAAUAUAAAUUAUUGUAAAUGAUAAAUUAUUGUAAAUGAUAAAUGUACUAAAAUCUCAAUAUAUUUGUUUGAGUCUUGUG